UAAGUGCAUACCGAGUGCAUUUCAAGCACUGUCAAAUUUUUAUUCACAUAUCCAGAUAAAGCAGUAUUAAACGUCCGACUUCCUUACCGUCCAAAUCCAGUUAAUUGUUGCUGUGAUUUGCAGUUUCAUCUUCCUUGAUUAACCGUAUGAUGGAGCCACGAUCUAGAGUACUGCUAGGCAAGAUGAAACGUGGUGGCUGAACGGGCGUUUACCCCCGCAAUUUCUACUGGGCUCUGUAACACUGAGCAAUUUCAGAAAAUUCACUUUCUCCGCCACGUUCCUUUUUUUCUGAGCAACUCGGAGCUUUGAACGAUUCUCCGUUAUUAGAUGCAGCUCAUUAAUCGAUCGAUUGAAAAUUUUCGUAUACAUGUUUUCAAAAUCAUCGUAGGAACUAUAUUCGGGUAAUUCGAAUGAACGAAAAUUCUUCAACUAUAGACACGCGUUAUUGAAUCACGUGGGAUUCUGCAAAUUCAUUUUUAAACAUGUGUCGGAUUUCAGAUUCUGCACACGGAUGUGCUGACGGUCCUGAGUAUUCGCACGGGCUAUACGAUAGCUCAUGCGAUAGCAAGUUGUACGUACUAUUAUACCUAUACAGUACACGCUCCUGAAAGUUGGUCGCGAGCCAUUAAGCCGCUACGCUAUGCGAGCCAUAAGAGUAACUCGCAUAUUUACUCAAGCAUGCUUGUGCCCGGGUAUAUGUAUAUCUAUGGAACAUAUAUCCCAAGUUAUGUGCUUGGUUACUUGAAUGCUAAUAGUACGUGCUAGGGAUAGAUCAGGACGUAGACAGAUGAAGAGUGAUCUGAUGCGCCACCGCACGACAGAACAAUUUUAUUUUCAAACAAUCGAAAUACAUUUUGUAUCAUUACCUCGACAAAAGAAUUAUUUGUUGCUGCAACUCGACGAAAAUUCUAUUCCUUGAUUAACUUUUCAUCGAUUCUAUACAGUAAAAUUCCAGUUUGGUAGAUCGAUAAUUAUUCCGAUGUUCAUUCGUACGGAUUGUGCAGCAUAGUAUAGAUAUUUCGAACAUACUAUGCACGGAUGAAUUCAUGAUUUUUUUAAUGAAACAAAUUUUAUUCCGAUGUGCAAUGGAUGCUAUCGUUGCUCGAUGAUCGAACGGUAAAGUUAAUCAUGAGAAUCGGUUCAAUAUUCUUCAUGUAUUGAUGGAAGUAUGUCCUUACAGGUACUUAAAAAUUGCAUAUAACGUAGAUCAGUCGGCAAGUUGAUUCAAUGAACGGCUGAGAGGCGGUGGUCGUGGUUUCAAAUGAAUUCGCGUGAAGUUGGCAGCUGUUAUGAGGUGUGCAUGAACCGAAAGCUCACCUGUGAGCUUUGGUGUUGCGGUACCAUGCAUGCAUGAUGUUCCUCAUAUUUUUGAGAGCAACACAAAUUUAUCGUGACAAUAUGGCGCGUGCAUAAGUUACACGGGUCGCUGCGGUAGCUUAUAAUACUAGCUCAUUCGAGCUCGUGCUGGCGCUACGCGGGCACCACCGGAUCGACCAUAGUAUGUUCGUACGAGUGCGGAUGUUGCAGAAAAAUACGUACGCGAAACCAAAAUGAAAAGGACCCGUAGCAAGCAGGGCUUAUACUACAGGGCGGCUCUUAUAUACUGGCCAGAUGAAAACACGCAUAAAUUUAGAAUCUGGGCUCCCAGCCAGAUAAUUCCCUGCUUCGCGAGGUGAAACGGCCUUUGCUCGUUUCAUACCCAAUAUCCCGUAGGUAUACAUACUCAUAUAGGGAUAAUACCUACCUAGUCUUCGUACGUAUGUUGUACACCUUCGCUAUUGUGUAUCGUAUGUUGUGAGGUGUUACGAUACAUGGAACAUAUCGAAAUUCACGAAGGGCUGAAGGUACAUCUUCAAUCGCUAUUGGAAUACACAAAAAGUAAUGAUUACUGUUACAAUGUGAUGCGAAGACUGAAAACCACAAGAGUGGAGUCUGGAGAGAAAAGAUGUCUGCAUGGAUUCGAAGAUGCAAGAAAAAGUGAGGAGAAUCCGAACGUUAUCACUCCACAUUGACAUUGACUUUGAAUUUGGAUUUCCAACCCCUGCCCUUCGCGGUAUCAAGAUAAAAAAAAUCCGAAGAUAUUCGAUACGCAAUGUCAGUUCAGAAAUGGAAAACUCCCUCCAAAUUCUGCAAGUUCUCAACCCUCGACGAAGUGUACGAUUUGAUAUCACAUCUUGGAAAACGUUCCACGCAGCAGAAGACCCCUGGCUCACAUCGGGCAUCGUACAAUUACACUGCAAGUAUACGUUAUAUGAUUGCCCUCAUACACCAAACCUAUUUACCUGGGUAUAUAGUCGCAGUUAUUACAUAGGAAAAUCUGCACACGCGUCUCCUGUCGGCCGGAACGCAGUGAGACUCGGUUCGUUGUAUGUACGUAAAAAACGAACGAUGUGUGCCACUAAAGGGGUGAUCAAAAAGAACGGUAAAAAGUCAGACCGCGAACAGUUAUAGGUGCGCGCGUGAGCGGAAAGUGGGCGUAACCCCACGGUGCGUGGUGUCAUCAAUGGCCCGUAGCAGCCAGGCUCCUCCCAUUUGGCCAGGCCACCCCCAACGAGUGGUUCGCAUCGUCACGCAGGCGCACCAACCGUAACGUCGAUGCACUCGCACACAUCGAUCCACCUACGCUUUCUUGUGGAUCACCAACACGAUUGCGUACACCGAGCCAUAGCGAGCGGCCAAGAGACGGAAAGACUAUAGUCAAAAGAUCUCUUAUUUCUGCUCUGGUAAAUCUGUCGCCUCAGUCAGUGAGGCAGCGAAGGGCAAGCUGUGCACCAGUGACCGUGUCCAUUUGUUUUUUUGACGUCUAAUUUUUUUUUUUUUUUUAUUUUAUUUUCUUUUCACUUUCAUUUUAUUUUAUUGCAUCUCCUUGUUUUUUUUUUUAGUCCUCUAGUUUCACGUCUAUUCAGUUCUGCUUUUUUGUUUGAAUUUUUAUUACCUUUCCGAAUCUGGAUCUAAACGGAAUAUGUUAACUGGCGCAGAGUGGGACGCGUUUAUUGUUUUACGAAAGAGCGACAAUUAGUGAAUCAAGUGUUGUUUCAACGGUAUUCAUAUUUUGGAACGAUAAAACGAGAUUAUCCGUUUCGUCGCACACGCAUCGUGUAUGACUUCUACCCAGUUAUCUUCGUGACACGUUUUUUGUGGAUCGUUAAAAAAACACAUAUUCACGAAAAAUAUUCAAACUCGAAUUCGACGAUCUCCUCGAGGGACACCGCCAAACUACAGUCGGUCCUCGGUUCAAUUUUACCGCUUCAACUGUAAACGGGAAAAAUCUUAGAAAACACGAAAAAGCUCAAUAGCUUCACUGUUGCAUGUAGCCGACGGCUGUGCAAGGUGCUCAGCCCUCAGAUGGAUCAAGCGGUGCAUGAAACCAGCAGCGGAGGAGUUGGGAUAGGAGGAACGGCGCAGCAGCAGCAGCAAUACGGCGAGGUGAAUCAAUUGGGUGGGGUGUUCGUUAACGGAAGACCGUUGCCUAACGCGGUAAGACUGAGGAUCGUCGAAUUGGCGCAGUUGGGUAUAAGGCCGUGCGACAUAUCGCGACAGCUUCGCGUCAGCCAUGGCUGCGUGAGUAAAAUUCUGGCCCGUUAUCACGAGACGGGGAGUAUCCUUCCGGGUGCGAUAGGAGGAAGUAAACCGCGAGUAACGACGCCCAAGGUUGUGCAGUACAUAAAGCAGCUGAAAUUGAAAGACCCGGGAAUAUUCGCUUGGGAGAUAAGGGACCGUUUGUUGUCCGAUGGGGUAUGCGACAAGUACAACGUACCCUCGGUCUCGAGCAUCUCGAGGAUUCUUAGGAACAAAGUCGGGGCCGCGACGUCGGCGGCGAUUCGCCACCACCCUCAUCACCCGCACCACACGCACCACGCGCAUCAUCCGGCACACCAUCACCAUCAUCAUCACCACCUUUACGCGGCGGCAGCCGCGGCCGGGGCAGCACUCUGCCCCGUACCUUAUCCGACUACUCCGUACCACAGCGCGCCUUCGCCGGCGACUCACCACCACCAUCAUCAAGUGGGCUUGACGACGCCCCCGUCGUCGAGCAAGGUGCCCUCGUCGCCCCCAACCCCGACCCCAGGGAGUGGUCAACGCGAACAAGCUAACACCGCUUUGCAGUGGCCGAGUCCGCACACGGUACAUGAUAUACUGGCAAGCAGCGUUCCCACGAUUCCUAAUUCUUCAGCAUCCUCAUUUUCUUCUUCCUUAUGUGCCAUGAUUAACAACAAUAUCAACAACAACGCUGCAACUCCGAACGACAACAACGGUAGCAACGCUGCUCCCAGCAGCAACAACAACAACCACAACCACAGCAACAAUAACGGCAGCGGUACCGCCAACACCGACAGGAACCAUCAACAUCAUCAUACCAACAACAACAACAACAGCAAUCACAACAACAACAACAACAACAACAACGAUAAUCAUUCGGUUUCGAGUAGCUACCACACGCACUCGUUGCAUCCACACCAGCAUCAUCAUCAUCAUCACCAGCAGUAUUACGCCUCGACCCUUUACCGUCAUCACCACCAUCAUCAUCCUGGAGCUGCAACGUCCGCUGGAUUACAGGUAGUGAUGAUGCAGACGUCUAAUGCCAAUCAACCGGCUAGCCCUUGCAAUUGAUUUAUACGAAAUAGGGUAGGGGGAGUUAGUCAUCCACAACCUGCAAUGGUUAAAUUCCUCUGCGAGGACUACUAUAGCUUCAGUCCUAUGGAGACGCUGGAUCUCCCCAUCACGUGUAAGGAGGUUGUCGACAUACGAUGAACUUUAACCGAUGUUUAUAUCAAUGCGAACGGUAUUUGUAACCAUGUGAAUUCAGGUAUUUAAGUUUGGUUCGACGGCAGGACGCGAUUAUCAAAUCCACAGACCAUCUUCAUAUUCUACGCGGUGCUCUGACCGAACGGUCGCGUAUCAAAUUGGUGGUAAAUACUUUCACCAGUCGGAGGAAGAAUUGAGGUUGAACGAAGCGCAAUUCAUCAUAUUUCAGAUACUGUGCAGAUGACGUAUACUACACGUACGACGUAUAAGUACAUACUUCCAACUCGACUUCCGAUAGAAAAAAAAAAUUUUACGGCACUUGUACGUAACACAUACGUGAAGUUGGAAGGUGGAGAUGAAAUAAGGCCCGCCUACUGCAUCUAUGUGCACGAGGAUAAUAUAAUUAUAUAUUUGGACUGCCUUGCUGAUUAGCUGAACUUGAACUUGGUUGUCGUGUUCGUUGCUCAUUUCAACGUCCAGAAAGCAUCAUGAAAUGAUUGUCCCUCAGACGUUACUUUGCGGCGCAAGCAAACGCUAUUGCGUUUCGGUAUUCGGUCUGCAGGGCGUCACGCAAGUGGAUCCUUCUUUUCCGAAACAUCGGCAGUAUGGCCGUAGCAGCCUAAGCGUCAUCACGCGUUGUAAGGAGCGACGUCAAUCGUAGCGCGUACAUCCUUGGAGAAGCAAAAAAAGUUUGCCAGACAGGUGGGAGAAAGGAAAAUAAAUACAUUGCGGUUUUCCGUCUUGGAUACAACGGCAGUUCAGCUUCAGCGACAGAAGAGGCGACAUCAGCAACGACAUGAGGAGCGACAUCAGUAGCAACGCAGGUUCCUCAGAGCGACGAUGGAGAGAGGGAACGGUCGCAGUUCCUCCA